AUGAAGACUGAGGUUGCUGCGUUCUGCGCAGUUGGAGCAGGUGCCUGUGUUGCAAGUGCCUUCGUGUCAACCCCAGGCGUACAGGAGAGCAGAGGACGCCUCAGAGCGUCUCACAUCGCAAGCCAGUCGUCAGCAGCCAGCACUUCGAGCUCCUCCGUGGUCUUGGCAUCUGCCGCCGCAGGGAUGGCAGUUGCCGCGGUUGGUGCUGGCAAAAGCCGCCGUACACGCACACAGCAGAAGGCCCGCGGUGGAUUCGACACCGUCAAGUCAGAGGAAGUCUUCACUGAAGCCAAGACGUUGAUGCCGGGUGGGGUGUCCAGCCCUGUUCGCGCCUUCAAGUCGGUUGGAGGAAAUCCAGUCGUCUUUGACCGUGUCAAGGGUGCCUAUGCAUGGGAUGUAGAUGGAAACCAGUAUGUUGACUAUGUGGGUACAUGGGGGCCUGCCAUCAUCGGGCAUGCAGAUGACACGGUUCUGAAGGCACUCAAUGAGCAGAUGCAAAAAGGCACCUCCUUCGGCGCUCCUUGUGCGCUGGAGAACGAGCUUGCAAAGAUGGUGAUUGAUGCCGUGCCCUCGGUGGAGAUGGUUCGAUUCACGAACAGCGGAACUGAGGCCUGCAUGGGCAUGCUCCGCCUGGUUCGAGCCUUCACCAAGCGUGACGUGGUCAUCAAGUUCGAGGGCUGCUACCAUGGCCACGGUGACGCCUUUUUGGUGCAAGCAGGCUCCGGCGUUGCCACGCUCGGGCUGCCAGACUCCCCUGGUGUUCCUAAGGGAGCCACCACUAGCACCCUGUGUGCCCAGUACAACAACCUCGACUCCGUGGAGGAACUCCUGAAGGAGAACGAGGUUGCAGCCGUCAUCCUCGAGCCGGUGGUGGGAAACUCGGGCUUCAUCCCGCCCACCAAGGAGUUCCUGGUAGGCCUCAGGGAGCUGACCACCAAGUACGGGGCACUGCUUGUCUUUGACGAGGUGAUGACCGGCUUCCGCAUUGCCUAUGGCGGUGCGCAGGAACACUUCGGGGUGACUCCAGAUGUCACUACCAUGGGCAAGGUGAUUGGAGGCGGCCUGCCCGUGGGCGCCUACGGCGGCCGCAAGGACAUCAUGGAGAUGGUCGCGCCUGCAGGACCUAUGUACCAGGCUGGCACGCUCAGCGGCAACCCCCUUGCAAUGACAGCCGGAAUCGAGACGCUGAAGAGGCUGAAGGAGGCGGGCAGCUACGAACACCUGGAUAAGAUCACUGGCAAGCUUAUCAAUGGUAUCCUAGAUGCUGCUCGUGAGCAUGGACACCAGGUCUGCGGUGGCCACAUUAGCGGCAUGUUCGGUUUCUUCUUCUGCGAGGGCCCCGUUACCUGCUUCGCAGAUGCCACGAAGAGUGACACGGAGAAGUUUGCCAAGUGGCACAGAAUGAUGCUGCAGAAGGGCAUCUACCUGGCGCCAUCCCAGUACGAAGCCGGGUUCACGUCCCUUGCGCACACAGAGGAGGACAUUGAGAAAACCAUUGCUGCGGCCAAAGAGGAAACCAAAGCAAUGAAGUUCACAACUGGAAAGCGCUGCAUCGAGUAUCGAAUGGCACCUGCCGAGCAUAAUCUGCAAGAACAACAUCGCCAAAUCACUGCAAGGCCAUGCGUAAACAUCGAACGGGCAGGUUGGAACCCAGAAGCCGCCUCCGUGAAGCGCGUGCAGCCCCUCUGCACGCGCUCUGUGCCCCUCCUCGUUGGCUCUCUACUGGUCCAAUUUUCCGCGAGCGAGAUCAUUUUGAAACGAGUGCAAGGCCAGAUUUCGGACAACACUGGCAUGCUGUUGGCGCUAUGCGUCGGUUAUUCACACGGCCAGCAGACGGGAGAGGGGACAAACGGUUUUUGUUUUGGGCGCUUCAAGUUCAUUGUGGUCGGGGUAGCUGGGCUACGUGAUGAGCAAAAAGACAGGGUUAGAACUGGGGCCAAGGGUGACCCCAGCCCAGGUGCAGAAAUUGUGCGAGUCUGCACGCGGAAGCGCGUCUACCUGCAAGCCAGCUGGUCGCCCGAUUCCCCGCGCUUUGGGGAUUCAACGCCUCCGGCACUUGCGGCCGCGUGCCCUGUAUGUCUCGAGGAACCGUCCCGGCCGCCAGGGGCCAGCGACUCGCUGUUCCCAUGCUGCGGUGCCUUCGCGCACCUGCCCUGCAUCCUGCAAUGUGUCCAUCACCAUGGGCAAUGCCCCAACUGCAGACGUGAUUUGGCUUAUUUGUUGCACGAUCGCCGCUUCGCAAUGCUAUGUGCAACUGCGGGCGUGCCUAUGGCAGCCACGCCGCUCGACGGGGGCGCCACGGCCCACCAAGUCGUGCGCACGUUUUCCCGUGCAGACGCGCCUGGGCCUCCAGAGCCGCAAGGCGUGCGGGCCAAUUGUUGCGCUCGAAUUGCGGGGCCAGCUAUGGGUUUCGUUGAGUUGCUCACCGGUCCCGCACCGGGGCGUGGGAGGCAUCGCGGCUUGGACCGGCAUGUGGCUUUGCCUGCGAUGCCAGCAAGAGCUGCAGGCUGCCCGUGUGCAAGUCCCUCAACUCCAGCCACGCUGCGACCUCUGCCACGUGCCAAUGUGGUGGGAGGUCGACAUGCGGGCUGGCACCAAGCGCUGGGUUUGCAACAGUGCGGGUUCCGUUGCCCGGGCCCCGGUGUCUCAACUGCGCCCGGCCCAGCCGCUGACUGCGUUUUCGUCGGGCCCCCUGACUUGCCGUUGCGGGCCCCCACGUAUUCGUGCGUGUAUGUGCCGCUGUUGCUGGACGCUGCUGGCCUCCUGGCCUCGGAAGCGCGCAACGCCUGGCAUACCCAUCCUGCCUUUGCGCCGUGGUGGCCCGGCACUGUCCAGGCCCUCUCAGCGCGACCUUCACUGUCAGUGCGCCAUGUUGCCGAUGUGGCACGGGCCGCUGUCGCUGUCGCAGUCGCCGCCCCAAAACACGCUGCCAGUUUCGCGGGCCUGCUUGCGUGGACUGCUGGCGCUGCCGGCCCCAUGACAUCCUUGGCGGAACUUGUCAGAGACAUCAGCCGCGGUGAGCGGGGCUUUUACAUCCCUGGGCCUGUCCAAGAAUUGCUGCUCACUAUUCCUUUGGGCGAGGCUGAGGCGGCGGCCUUGGCACGGCGCCUUGAUGGUCUCAGGCCCAUGCCAGCUGGCCCAUCGCAGCCACGCCACCUGCACAAGCGCUUGCGGAGCCACCCGCUGCGCCACCCGCCCCCUCAGCACGUCCGCGCCUACUGCUCACCUGGGGAAACGUCACCCCCACUGGCGCGGAUGCACCCAACCAAGCGGAGGAUUGCCACCCCACCGCCCGAAGGGCUCUCCCCGUGCACUGGCGUGCUGGCCGACCCGGUACGGUCCGACUACACCAUCGUCGGGCCGCCGCAACUGCCACUGCAGGACGCCACGUACUCAUGCAUUUACGUGCCGCUUUUGCUGGAUGCAGCCGGCAUCUUGGCCCUGCCCGCGCGGCGACAAUGGCGUGAGCAUCCUGUCUUCGCGCCCUGGUGGGGAGUUACUGUUGACGCACUGCUGUCGCGGCCCAUCCUGCCUGUGCACCAGGUGCUGGCAGGCAUCAACAACAUUGCCCGUGCACAUAGCCCUUCCUCCCAAGCUGCCCUGGCGCGUGUCUGGGAAUGGGCAGCGCUGCGAGGGCCUGGCCAGGUCACGUCGCUUGCAGUCUUCGUGCGCGAAGUCGGGCAACAGGCUCAUGGUUACUACCUGUACGGCCCUUUGCAGGAAGUGCUGCUCGUGCUCCUGCUGGGCGCAAAUGCCGCUGCCACUCUUGCUCACAGGCUUGAUGCCCUACGAGCUCCUCUCAGUCCCGAAAACGAUCAACCUGCUCAUGCCCUCCCCGGGGUUGAUCAUCGUGAUGCCGGGGACCCGCCAGAACAGCCGCCACCUGCUGGCCCCACUGCACCUGACACCGGCGAGGUGCCGCAUGAGCAGGUACCCAGUGCGGAAAACCAUGGAGCCGCAGCUGAAGCGCAGCCCGUUCCGCACACGGCCGAGGCGGGCAUGCCGCAGUCUGCCCCCAGCACAGUCGCAGAACCCGACUCCGGCGAGGAGGUUGGCCCCGAUCCUCUUCUGCAGGCGACGUCUCGGGUCGCCGCAAGGGCCCGGGGCCGUGGCCGUCGCGGGGGUCGCGGGCGCGGGCGAUGUGGCCCCGCAGCAACACCAGCUCAGGAAGCCUCCGAGGGGCCACUUGAGACGCGAGCCAUCCGACGCGCUGCAGCCGCUGAAGCCGGCAUCCAAACAGGGCUGCUUGCGCUUGAUGCGGUUUCGCUUGAGGACCACUUUCGCCGGAGGGUGCUGACCCUGCAGGGAGUCCCUGCGCGCCUCCGUAGCACGCUCCGCGCCGCUAUGCGAGCAGGUCUCCGGCUCGCUGUGGAGGGAGCUUCCCCAGAAGACGCUGCGCGCGGGUGGAAACUGUUCUUCCUAGCGCCGCGCAUGCUGCUCUUCCGCUCGCCCGGUGAAACUCGGGUCGCCCCUGAGGAGCUUGACCGCCGGGGCAGUCUGUUCCAACAGGGGCUGUGGCCUCAGCUCCUUGCAGACGCCUCACGGGCUGCGCCCACCCAUCCGCGCAAUGGAUCCUCAAUGCCGGACGAUACGGCCAGGGCUGCCCGGGCGGCUGCGCUCGUCCACCUUGGCGAGCUCUCUGCUGCGGGGCGCGCGCUAGUCUGCGAGCCACUUGCGCCCGGCAGCGAAGCCACGCUCGCUGAGUUACGCGAUCCCGCCCGGCGGCCUUCCGAGCCUUACGGUCCGAUCGCUGGCAAAGCGCUUGAAUUCCAGCCCCCGGAACCCUGCCCGCUUCCCCUCGCUGCCUUCGUCGAAGGCUUGCGCGGCGCCAGGCGUGGAUCUGCGGCUGGGCCUUCGGGCGCUACGAAUGAGUACUUUCGCAUCCUUCUCGAUGAUGAGGAGGACACUUUGCGCUUGCAUGCGGCUGCUGAGCGGAUUGCCACGGCAGAGAUCGCGCCGUCCAUCCUGGAUGCGUUACGAGUCGGGCGGAUCGUGGCCCUGCGCAAGCCAGCCGGCGGAGUCAGAGCCCUCGUUGUCCUGGCUCAGACUUUCUCCGCCCAACUCCAGCAAGCUUGUCAACCCUUCCAGUUUGGGCUCAGCACGAGAGCUGGAACUGAGGCGCUCGCCCGUGUCCUACGCGUUGCAACCGAGGUCGACCCGCGUGCCACGGUGCUGUCGGUCGAUGCAGCUGGGGCAUUCGACCAUGUGUCCCGGGCUGCGAUGCUGGCGGCGUUGCAUGCGCAACCAACGCUACAGCCUCUCCUCCCAUAUGCCCGACAGUUCUACGCCACAGCUAGCCGCUACGUGUGGACGGACGACCAAAGAUGCAGCCACGAG